AUGAGCGAUCCACGCGACCACGAACAAGCUGACUCCGAGGACGAAGAGGACUUCAACCCAGCGCCUGCCGACAACAGCGACGAGGAGAUCGAAAAAGACGAGGAGGAGGAGGAGCCCAAGCCAGAGCCUCGAGCCGAUUCCUCACCUGCUCGCAACGGCGGAGGCGACGAUGAAGUUGAAGACGAGGAGGGUGCCGAUGGCGAAGUAGGCGGCCACGGUGACGAUGAUGAUGAGGACGAAGAAGACGAAGAGGACGACGAGGAAGACGAGAUCCAAGGCCACCGUCGGAAACGUCGUCGCGACAAGCGAAAUGCUUUCUUCGAUAUCGAGGCCGAAGUCGACGAUGAGGACGAAGGCGAAGAUGACGAAGAAGCUGCCGAGGAGAACGAAGGCUUCAUCGAGCAAGAGGAGCCGGGCGAUUAUGGCGAUGCGAGUCGACUGGACGACGAUCGGAGACAUAGAGAACUUGAUCGACAGCGCGAAGCCAUCACCCAGGAAGAUCUCGAAUUGCAGGCUCAGUCCUACGUGCGCAAGUAUGGGAAGAAAACCAAUGCUCGAGCCAUGGGCGCAAAUGGACCAGUGCCACAGAGACUCCUUCUACCCAGCGUCAACGACCCCAGCAUUUAUAUGGUGCGCUGCAAGGAGGGGAAAGAGCGCGAGGUCAUCUACUCAAUCCAGAAGCGAAUAGAGGAGAGGAGAUUCACGAAGGAUGAACUUCUCAUCACUGGCGCUUUCGAGCGAGGCGGGCCCAACUCUGUCAUGAAGGGUCUCAUCUACGUGGAAGCUGAGAACCAGACGGCUGUUCUGCAGGCGCUCGAAGGGAUGCUUAAUGUGUAUCCCCGGAGCAAGCUGCUUCUUGUCGAAAUCAAGGAGAUGCCCGAUCUCCUCCGAGUACAGAAGACGCCCACACUGGAGCCGGGUGCAUGGGUACGACUACGCAGACCGGUCAAGCAUGCAGGCGAUCUGGCUCAGGUCCUCGAUAUUACCGAGAAUGGCCUCGAUGCCAGGGUUCGAUUCAUUCCCCGACUCGACUACGGGCUGCGAGACGAUGUUCUGUCCACCGGACCCGAUGGCAAGCGAAAGCGCCCAGUAGGUGGCCCACGCCCUCCCCAGAAGCUGUUCAGCGAAGUCGAGGCCCGCAAGCGACACCCGCGCAACCUCACCGGUAACCCGCAGACCAACAACUGGAACUACAACGGUGACGAGUUCGAGAAGGGCUUUCAGGUGAAGGACAUCAAAAUCCAACAUUUGGUUGUCAAGGAUGUCAAUCCGAGCUUAGAGGAGGUUACGAAGUUCACGUCUGGUGGCGAGGAUGGCGUCGAGAACAUUGACCUCAAAUCUCUUGCGGCCAGUCUCAAAGACAGCAGUGCAAAUGUCACCUAUCUCCCCGGCGAUAUCGUCGAAGUCUACGAGGGUGAGCAGAGAGGUGUCAUUGGUAGGGCUACCAACGUGCAAGCAGACAUUGUCACGCUCGAGGUCACAGAGGGCGCCCUUGCUGGGCGAAAUAUUGAGGUUCCCACCAAGGGCUUACGGAAACGGUUCCGAACCGGUGACCACGUCAAGGUUAUAGGAGGCAGUCGAUAUCGCGACGAACUUGGUAUGGUUGUCAAGAUUUCCGAGGACCGCGUGACGCUCCUGACCGACCAAACCACGACGGAAAUCACCGUCUUCAGCAAGGACCUCAGAGAAGCCAGUGACGCAGGUGGCCAGGGGUCACUGGGUCAGUAUUCGCUCCUUGAUCUAGUUCAGCUGGACCCUACUACGGUCGGUUGUAUUGUGAAAGUGGACCGCGAAUCGUUGGUCAUCCUCGACCAGAACGGAGAUGCAAGACAGGUGAUGCCGUCACAAAUUGCCAACAAGCUGCCUAGGCGAAAACUUGCUGUCGCUGCUGACCGCAACGGAUCGGAAAUCAGACCGGAUGAUGUGGUCAAGGAGUACGGCGGCAUGGGUCGACAAGGCAAGAUCAUUCACAUCCACCGCAGCUAUGUGUUCUGUCACACCAAUGCCACAACCGAGAACGCGGGUAUCUUCGUGUCCAAGGUCAGCAGCGUGUCCACCAUCUCGGCCAAAGGUGGUCGCGUGGUCUCGUCGAUCUCUGGUCCUGACUUGACCACCAUGAACCCGGCCCUGAAGAUGAACCCUGGUGGCAAGAAUGAUAUGCCACCUCCAAAGGCUACUUUCGGAAGAGACAAGCUUCUGGGUCAGACGGUGACGAUCCGGAAAGGUGGAUGGAAGGGUCUGCUGGGUCGCGUCAAGGAUACCACGGAUACACAUGCUCGUAUAGAACUGCACACGAAGAGCAAGAUCGUCAGCGUCCCAAAAGUGGACAUCAUGGUCAGAGACAGCGUUAGCGGUCGCGAGAUCAAGAACUAUGACAGUCGACGUCCUGGUGGAUUCAACGGAACUCCAGGAAGAGUACCCGACUGGAAUGGUGGAAGCCGCACCCCGAUCGGCGCCGCUUCGUCGAGAACACCAGCCUGGAAGACACCGUCUGGGGCCGCUGGAGGACGAACGCCUGCAUGGAGCAAGGGUGACGGCGGGCGAACACCUGCAUGGGCCGACGGCUCGAGAACGGCCAAUCCUUACGAUGGAAGCAGGACUGCCUACGGGUCUGGCAGUCGGACUCCUGCUUGGUCCUCGGGCGCCAAGACUCCCGCUUCAGAUCAUUUCGGUUCCAAGACUCCCGCUUAUGCUGGCAGCAGCGGUGAUGCGUGGGGAUCGAAGACGCCAUAUGGUGCCUCUGCAGCUACUCCAGGAGCAAGCGGCACUGACACGUGGGGUUAUACGCCCGGUGCGAGCGGAUCAUCGACCGCCUAUGAUGCGCCCACGCCCGGUGCUGGCUUAUUAGGUGCCCCUACGCCAGGCGCUCUAAACGCUCCGACUCCUGGUGCCUACAAUGCGCCUACACCAGGAGCCAUGAAUGCUCCUACGCCUGGCGGAGGUUGGCAAGGAGGAUGGGGUGCUGAUUCGGCACCGACACCAGCUGCCGCUGCACCGACACCUGCGGCUAGUGGGUUUGCUUCAUCCAGUGGCUACUACGGUGCGCCGACCCCGGGUGCCUACAAUGCGGACACUCCGGCUGCAGGACCCCGGUACACCGACGAUGAUUAG